UCUUUACAAGGAAUUUGAUUGUUGUUUUAGAGAAAGUGCCACUUGGAUUUAACAAGUAAAUAGGCUCUUGAGCGGCUCCUGUUAGUCGUGUAAAUAGUUAUCCUUUUUUUUCUUAAAAGUGAAUUUGUGUGUCUUAUGGUAUCCUAACAAAUUUUUUUAAAAUAGUAUUAUAAAUAAUGUAUUGAAAAAGCAACCUUAAAUUUAAAAAAAAUGAAUUUACAAUAUGGUUGGGUAAAUUUACCGCCAGCUCCAGCCAACAGCUAUGCAUGGCAUGGGCAUGGCUAUGGAUGGAUGUUAGAUCCUUCCAAAUGGACUGUACCAGAUCCAAACGCUUAUACAAAACAUGGCUAUAAUCAUAAUGGCCCGGCCGAACCUGUACCUAUUAUUGAAGAAGCACCAAUUGCAAAAACUGAAGUCAAAUCUGUUGAACAGAUUUAUCAACAAGGUGGAGCAGCUGAAGCAAAAAGUUUAACACAAGAUUUUCAUCAAUUACGAGAUGAAUGUUUACGGCGCAAUAUAUUAUUCGAAGAUCCAGAAUUUCCUCCAACAGAUUCCUCAUUAUAUUUCAGUAAACGACCUGAUCGUUAUUUUGAAUGGAAACGACCUUCAGAAAUAGCUGACGAUCCUGCAUUAUUUGUGGAAGGAUUUUCACGAUUUGAUGUACAGCAGGGUGAAUUAGGUGAUUGUUGGUUAUUAGCAGCUGUAGCUAAUUUAACAUUAAGUAGAAAAUUAUUCUUUCAAAUUGUACCCGAUGACCAAGAUUUUCAAGAAAAUUAUGCCGGAAUAUUUCAUUUUAGAUUUUGGCAAUAUGGAAAAUGGGUAGAUGUGGUUAUCGAUGAUCGAUUACCAACUUAUCGAGGUCAGUUAAUAUUUUUACAUUCAGCUGAACCAAACGAAUUUUGGAGUGCAUUAUUAGAAAAAGCCUACGCUAAAUUACACGGAUCCUAUGAAGCAUUGAAAGGUGGAUCAACAUGUGAGGCUAUGGAAGAUUUUACAGGCGGUGUCACUGAAAUGUAUGAUUUACAUGAAAGUCCUCCAAAUUUAUUUAAAAUUUUAUUAAAAGCUUAUGAAAGAAAUUCUUUAAUGGGAUGUUCAAUUGAGCCGGAUCCAAAUGUAUUAGAAGCAGAAACAUCACAAGGUCUUAUACGUGGACAUGCUUACAGUAUAACACGUGUUAGCUAUGUCGAUAUUGAAACACCGAAUACUGUUGGAAAAAUACCAUUAAUUCGAUUACGUAAUCCAUGGGGUAAUGAAGCAGAAUGGAACGGACCGUGGAGUGAUAAAUCCCCAGAAUGGAGGUUUAUACCUGAACACGUUAAAGAAGAAUUAGGUUUAACAUUUGAUGAUGAUGGUGAAUUUUGGAUGUCUUAUAAAGAUUUUCAAAAGUUUUUCGAUCGUUUAGAAAUUUGUAAUUUAUCACCUGACUCCUUAACAGAAGAAGAUGUAGAAUUGGGUAAAAAGAAAUGGGAAAUGAGUGUGUUCGAAGGUGAUUGGGUGCGUGGCGUUACCGCUGGAGGAUGCAGAAAUUAUUUGGAAACAUUUUCUCAUAAUCCCCAGUAUCGAAUAACUUUAACAGAAGUCGAUGAUGAUGAUGACGAAAAUAAAUGUACGGUAAUUGUUGCUCUAAUGCAGAAAAAUCGACGUGCAUUACGUAACCGUGGUGAAGAUUGUUUAACAAUUGGAUUUGCUAUAUAUUAUCUAUCAAAUCCUGAUAUUUUACCAAAGCCUUUAGAUAUUAAUUUUUUUAAAUAUAAUGCAUCUGUAGCUCGUUCUCCUUCCUUUAUAAACUUACGUGAAGUUAGUUGUCGAUUCAAAUUACCACCAGGAACUUAUUGUAUUGUGCCUUCAACAUUCGAGCCCAAUGAAGAGGCUGAAUUUUUAUUACGUGUAUUCUCUGAAAAUAAAAAUAACAUGGUAGAAAAUGAUGAAGAAGUAGGAACAUGCGAUAUAGAUGAUCGUGCUUGUACUGAUAUAACACAUAAGCAUGAUAAAGAUACGGUUCAUGGUGGCGAUGGACCAAAUAAGGUUGUGGAUGAUGAUCCAGAACCAACACCUCAAGUUCAUGACCAAGUUCGUGAAUUUUUCUUAAAAUUAGCUGGGGAAGAUGGUGAAGUUGAUUGGCGCGAAUUGAAAGAAAUUUUGGAUUAUGUAAUGCGCAAUGAGCUACCAGCUUACAAAGAGAAUGCCACUGGAGCGAUGGCAGAAAAUGGGGAAAACACCGAUUGUGCAAGUUUAUUGCUAUCAUUAUUAUCUGCAAUAUGUAGCGUUGCCUGUAAAGAUACACCUCUUGCAGAUACAUUUCAACAACAACCGGCAAAUAAUCCAAAUCAGGUGCCAGACGGUAUUAUUGAAACGCAUAAUCGAGGCUUUUCACAACAAUUAUGUCAAAGUAUGAUCCAUAUGAUGGACAAAGAUUACAAUGGAAAAUUGAAUUUUGAAGAAUUCAAGGCUUUAUGGGUUGAUGUACGAAAUUGGAAGAAUGUUUUCAAGUUAUACGAUAGAAAUUUUACUGGAUUCUUAAGUGCAUUUGAAUUACGACAGGCACUUAAUUCAGCUGGUUUUACGGUAAAUAAUCAUUUAUUGGGUACGUUAGUACAACGAUAUGGUACCAGAGAAGGAUAUAUUCCAUUUGAUGGGUUUUUAGCUUGUGCAGUCAAACUGAAAACAAUGAUCAAAAAUCCUGACGAAUAUAAUCGAUUUAUGAAUGAAGGAAUGCCAUUAAGCUACGCUGGUUAUCCCGGAUAUCCUAGCUAUCCAGGUGGAUUCACUCAGGGAGGCUACUAAACUUUUAUAUAUUUUUUUAAGCUUAUAAAAACAUUUAAUAAGAAACUUUUUGUUAAAAUACUUUUUUUAUCUUUUAAAAUUAAUAUUGUUAUACUAUUUUACUUUUAUUUGUUAAAUAUUUGUGUUACUAACAGAAUUAUAACUUUUUAAAUACUUACUAAAAUAGUAUUUAUUUGCUAUACACUCGCGAACAAAGAAACUGGAUCACUACUUUUAGCAUUCAAUUCCAUUUCUUAAAAAAACCUUUGUUUUGAUUUUCUCUAUUUUAAAACUAUGCAAGGAAUUUUAUUUUCAAGUUGCUUCAACUUUGCUGUAUUGUAUGCUAUCCUCUUAGGCAGGUUUUUGAUUAUAAUUAUUUUCGCUGCUAUAUUGAAAAUUGUAUAGAACUAUUUAGUGAUUCGAUUUCUUGGUCAGCGAGUAUAAAUUGUUUAAUACAUAAAUUGACGUAAUUUAAAAAAAAAUUGUACAACUCUUUUGUUUUCAUUUAAUCUAUUUUCGAGAUUUUUUUAACGAUUUUGAUAAAGAUGAUUAUAUUUUUUGAUAAGAAUAAUUUUCAUGUGUCCAUAAUUAUUAUUUAUAAUGAAAAUUGCUUCCAAUUAGCAUGACAACUUUAGAUUAUAUUACAAUUAAGAUUUCUACACAUGUUAUGUUACCAUAUUAGUAUUCUGUACCGGAAAAAAAGUGCAUAAAAUUUAAGAUAAAGUCUUGCACUUGAGCACCAAGGGCCGAUUUAUACUUUAGACAGGACGGAGUAGAAGGCGAUAAGUUUUAAAUCUUUAAAAUAAAAAUAAAUGAAAUUUUCAAAAUAUUUAUAUUUCAAACUCCUCACGUAAUUUUAUUAAUUUAAAGCUACAAAAUAGAAGGAUCUAUUAAACUAAUAGUUGUUUCAGAUGGAUAACUGCGUGUAUCAGCCAAUUUGUAAAAGAGGGAUUAAUUAGACAUUAAAUAAAUACAAAAUGUUAAUUUUUUAUAUUUAAAAUAAUUAAUCAGAGAUAAACAUGUUGGUAUUUUUCCUUCAGUUACUUAAUCUUGACUAGUAACAAAAGAUCUAAUAUUGAUCUGUUAUACGAAGUUUUUUAAUUUCU